UGGGCGGGGCGGGGCCGGGCCGGGCGGCGGGGGGGGGGGGGAGGGAAGAUGGCGGAGGCUUCGCCGCAGCCGGGACGGUUCUUCUGCCAUUGCUGCUCGGCCGAGAUCGCCCCGCGCCUGCCCGACUACAUUUGCCCGCGGUGUGAGUCUGGUUUUAUUGAAGAACUCCCCGAAGAGCCGAGGAACGCUGAGAGCGAGAGCAGCUCCUCCACGGCAGCCAGCGAUCAGAGCCGGCAUCCCUUCGAGAACGUGGAUCAGCACUUGUUCACCUUGCCGCAGGGCUACGGCCAGUUCGCCUUCGGGAUCUUCGAUGACAGCUUUGAGUUUCCCUUUGGGUCCAACACGCCGUCGGAAGACAACAGGGACUCGGAGAACCGGCGGGAGCGGGAGCAUCAGUCUCGGCACCGCUACGGCGCGAGGCAGCCGCGGGCCCGCCUGGCCACGCGCCGUGCCGCGGGCAGGCACGAGGGCGUCCCCACGCUGGAGGGAAUUAUCCAGCAGCUGGUCAAUGGCAUUAUCGCACCUACGACAAUUCCAAACCUGGGACUGGGGCCCUGGGGAGUCUUGCAUUCAAAUCCGAUGGACUAUGCGUGGGGCGCCAAUGGCUUGGAUGCGAUUAUUACGCAGUUACUAAAUCAGUUUGAAAACACUGGACCACCACCAGCAGACAAGGAGAAGAUCCAGGCCCUCCCCACCAUACAGAUCACCCAGGAACACGUAGAUUCUGGGUUAGAGUGUCCCGUGUGUAAAGAAGACUACACAGUGGGUGAAAAUGUCCGGCAGUUACCGUGCAAUCAUCUCUUCCACGACAGCUGCAUAGUCCCGUGGCUUGAGCAGCACGACACGUGUCCCGUGUGCCGGAAAAGCUUAAGCGGACAAAACACUGCCACAAACCCCCCCGAACUCACGGGGAUGAACUUCUCGUCAUCCUCGUCCUCCUCUUCCUCCAGCUCACCAAGUAACGAAAACUCAUCGAACAACUCAUGAAUCUUAAUCCACCCCUCUGUCCCCGGGGCCCUGUCCCUUGUCCCCCCUCCCUCCCUGGCCAACGUCAGCAGCGAAAGGGGCUUCCAGAGCAGAGCGAGGGGAGGGAGCCCGGGGGGAGCAGCGUCCCCAGAACCCCCCUUUGAGUUCUGGAGCCACGGAGACUCUGGGUCCUUCUGGGACGAGAAGCCUCAAGUUGUGUGAUGGGGAAAGGGCUCUGUCUGUGAAUAAAAACACCCGUUUGCCGCGUGGACUUGGAACCGUUGGUGUGAGCGGCUGCUGCGCCCCGCCGGGGGGAGCCCCGCGGUGCCGAGCCAGCGGCUGCGGUUCGCAAUGGAAAGGUUGUUUGGCUGGGUUUGAGUCUGAGAUCCCUUAUUUCUUCUGCUCCUCCUCUCCCCUUGGGUACUAUCUCUUCUGCUUUGGAGGUUGAAGUCUUUAAAACAAAGCGUGAGGAUCCUGCCUCCCUCCCGGGACCUCCAGCUGGGGAGGGCCAGUAGUUGUCACUGAAACCACGAACUCUGGAAACAGACCCCGUUGUCCUUCCCGUCCCCAUCUCAAGUCCCAGUUCUUUUUCUUUAUAACCUCACCCUUCUGAUACUCAACACUGAAAGGGGUUUUUAUAAUUUUAAAUUAUUACUGCUGUUAAAUAAACAGACGUUUCAGCUCAA